AUGGAAUUCGAUUAUAACGAGCGCACAUCGAAAGGCGGUCUGCCUUCGCCUUAUGACAACGGACCAGAUGAGGCCCCGGUCGAGGCUCACAAUGGUGGGUUUAUCGCGCUGGCCAAGCAUGAUUUGUUGCGACUCGUGGAUUUGAUUGCCAUGGAAUUGGAUAAGCGGGACGAUGCUAUACAAAAACUCAAGGAAGAACGGGCCCGUCAUUUGUACUUCGAAGCCAAAUAUGGGCGAAUAGCCGCAAACGAUCCACUGCAAGCUUUGAAACGGGACAGCGAAGCAUUCAGCGAGAAGAUCGACGAGGAGCAGAUUGGCAGACUCUACGAAAAUCAACUCGCCCAGCUUGAUAAAUUGAUAUCAACACAUCGUCGCACACAUAAUCGCUCGAAGAUGAUUCUCGCGGCCACGGAGCGGAGACACACCAAGGCGCUGCGGGAAUUGGAAAUGGAGAAAGAACGGAAUUCCAAGAAUUCGCAAGGCGACGAUGUGGUAGCUUUUCUAGAAAAGGAACGGGACAGGCUGCAACAACAACUGGACGCCCAGCUGGAUGAAGUGGAAAAGGUAAAACAGGAGACGGCAAAAUGUCAGCAAGAAUUGCAAGAGGACAAGGAAAAACAUAAGACCAUGAUUUUAUUCCUGGUGAAUGAGAGAAAACAGAUGUUAUUGAGAAUGCAAGAAAUGAAGCUGCGGUCGGAUUCGACGAACGGCAGUGAUUCAGCCGCCGCGUUGAAAACCGAGUUGGAGCGGUUACGCAUUGAUCGGGACACCCUGGCUGCGUCAAAUAAGACGCUUCGGGCGGAGAAUUUAUCAUUGAAGGAAGUGGUCAAAGAACAGGAUGCCGAGGUGCAGCAGCUCCGACGGAACAUGGCGCGAAAUCCGAACGAUCAGGCUGCCUCGACGGCUGAGUCAUCGUUGGUGAUGGCGAAUCGUAUGGCCUCGGGGACGCAUCCGGGACCCGCGUCUCGUGCGACCAAAAUAUCUUCAUCAUCAUCAUUCCCCUCCACAUCUAUUCCAUUUCCCGAAUCGCGUUUACCAAGGGCGCCGCCGCAGACGACACCAGCCAGACCAAAAACUAUCACGAGAUUGCCGACAACUCCUGCGACCGUGCGUGGCCCCGCUUCACCCACCAAAAAGACGCCGGCGAUGGGGUUGAACAGCGUGCGGAGGCCAACUAGCGCAAACACCCCGGGCCAAUCGAACGCAUCGAAAUUCUCCGCCGACCCGGAGCUACAACAGCUAGAAGAUGCGAUCAGUGAACUGGAGAAGACUGGCAUCAGCCAUCAAGCGAGCCGGCAACAGACUGGCGCGCCGAUACCGCCACGUCCGACAAUGACAGCUACUUCCCCUUCUACGAACGCAGCAAGCACUGCUGCAGCCAUCCGGAGUCCGAGCGUGCCUUCCCCAGCCGCUCCCUCGAAAACGGAGAAACCGGUGGAGCGCAAAUUGUCCGGCACGAUCAAGAAAAACUCCUUCCUGAAGGCGUUUGGUGGCGGAGGGAAA